CUCAUUUAAAUGAUUGAAGAUUAAAAAGGGGAAAAAAGAUGUUGUGUUAACCUUUCAAAAGAAUUUACCUCUUGUUGCGACCAUUCAUCUGGCUUGAAAACUGUGACCUGGAUUGCAGGAAUGGAGUUGACAGCGUCGGACGCUCCCGAGCCCCAUGUGCCGGCUGGCGAUGAGGAAAAACAACACUCGACUGUGAUAGAGAGAUCCCAAGAAAAGCAGUCCGCUUUCAAGAAUCUCGGCAUCCUCGAUCGGUUCCUAGCUGUCUGGAUCUUCCUAGCCAUGGCAAUUGGGAUCAUUCUAGGCAAUUUUGUGCCCAACACAGGACCAGCUUUGCAAAAAGGGAAAUUUGUAGGGGUGUCAGUUCCCAUUGCUGUUGGCCUUCUUGUCAUGAUGUACCCCAUCUUAUGCAAGGUCCGGUAUGAGACUUUGCAUCAUGCCUUUCGAACGCGACAGAUCUGGAUUCAGAUUCUUUUCAGCAUAGUUAUCAACUGGAUUGUCUCUCCAUUCUUCAUGUUAGGCUUAGCUUGGGCCUUUUUACCCGAUGAGACAGAACUGCGUCAGGGAUUGCUUCUUGUCGGUAUUGCAAGGUGCAUUGCCAUGGUCUUAAUAUGGACCGGGCUUGCCGGAGGUGAUGGAGACUACUGUGCUAUUCUAGUCGCCAUCAAUUCCCUUCUUCAAAUGGUGUUAUUUGCACCUUUUGCAGUCUUCUUCAUUGAGGUCAUUGAUGGAGAUGGCAUCGUAUUCGAAUACAGCACAGUUGCAAAAAGCGUCGCUGUAUUUCUUGGGAUCCCUCUCGCUGCUGCAAUUCUUACACGUUAUGCCGUGCGACGGACGACAAGCGCACAGUGGUACGACCAAGUUUUUCUGAAGUGGAUCAGCCCAUUGUCUCUUAUUGGCCUUUUGUUUACUAUAUUGGUGUUAUUUGCUUCUCAAGGACGUCAUGUGGUACAUCAAAUUGUCUCCGUUGUCCGUGUUGCUGCACCACUAGUUGUGUAUUUUGCAGUUAUCUUUUUCGCAACGCUCUUCGUCGCCUACAGGAUGGGCUUUGGAUACAAGUUAGCUGCAACGCAGAGCUUUACCGCAGCUAGCAACAAUUUCGAGCUAGCUAUUGCUGUCGCCGUAGCGACAUUUGGUGCUGAUAGCAACCAGGCCUUGGCAGCUACGGUAGGCCCAUUGAUUGAGGUCCCAGUGUUAUUGGGACUUGUUUACGCCGUGAAAUGGGUAGGGAGGCGAUCGAACUGGAAGGAUUGAGCUAGGAUAAUGUACAUAAUGAUGCUUCUUGCCCGUUAGUGUGACAUACUUGUUAUAUAUUAGCUGUAAGGUCGCUAUUUAGAGACUAGAUGGCCUAUCAUUAUCUUAAUUUAAAAAUAAUCUGUAUAAUAACGCAUAGG